GUGUGAUGUGCAUUGUCCAAGGACUGGAUGUGUUACUGCAGUCGAAAUUACACCGCGUACAAUGUCAACUAGUGGCCUCAUUAUCCACUAUCUUAGGUUAUAUAGGUUAUGUAGGUAAUAAGGUUUAUUCAUUAACUAAACCAUUCUGAUAAGGAUUUCCUCUCUAGAGAAGAACUCCUGACCUUUGUUUAGUGAUUCCCGCACUGCUGAACUGAUUAAACACACCGAGUUCACGCACUCAACGUAAAUAAAAUGGAGAGGUGGCUUCCGUGCCCGUUGCUUUCAGUUCGUCCGCUUCGCUGUAUGGUGGAUGAAAAGUUCGACGUGCGCGUGCAGGGUUUACUGCCCGGUGUUGGAGUCACGCUGCACGCGCUGGUUCAGUCAGAGGACGGAGAUUUUUGGGAAGGUUUUGGUCACUAUGUUAGUGAUGAGUCAGGAACUGUCACAGUAUCUAAAGAUGCCAGUCUUGGUGGAUCAUAUGAUGGAGUUGAAUCCAUGGGUCUGCUGUGGAGCAUGAAACCUAUUCCUGGAAGCAGGACAGGCCUCAGAUUUCGCAAGAAGGAUACCUGCACGCCACUUGAUGUCUACAUUUCUGUGUAUGAAGACCACCUGAAUGAGGGAUUCCGGGAGAAAGCUCCCAUAGCGUCAGUUGUGGCACAGCGGUGGUACACUACUCCAGGAAUCCAGAGGGUUAAUGUUACAGAAAAAGGGUUGAAGGCAAUUCUUUACAUCCCACCAGGUACUGGUCCUUUUCCUGCUGUGCUGGACCUCUGGGGUGGAGGUGGGGGUCUAGUGGAGUAUCGCACUGCUCUACUAGCAUCCCGAGGGUAUGUCGCAUUAGCAUUGGAGUACAUUGGACGAGUAGGUGCUGAUGGAAAGCCAUACCAAGUGGACAAUGCCUACUUUGAGGCAGCCUUCACUGUGCUGAAGCAACAUCCUCACGUGUGUCCUGAAAGAAUCGCCGUUCUGGGUUUGUCUUUUGGUGUCUCUGUGACCUUGGGCAUGGCAGCAUACUCCUCAGUGAUAAAGCCCAAAUGUGUAGUGUGUGUUAGUGGAAGCCACAUCAUGCCCGUCAACGGAUCACUGGCUGAUGUGUUUGCUGAAAUCAAAAAAAAUGUCAAAAACACCCGCUAUGAUGAAGAACAGAGAAUCAUUUGGCGAGAUCUCUUGCUGCCAAUACCAGAUGACCCUUCAAAGAAAGUUGAAAUGGGUCGUAUCAAGUGUCCCAUUUUAUUGAUUGUUGGGGAGGAUGAUCAGAAUUGGCCAGCAGCAGAGUCUGCAGAAGAUAUGAAGCAGAUGAUGGAACGAGCUGGUAAUAGUCACCUGUUGACUAUUCUGUCUUACCCCGGAGCCGGCCACCUUAUCGAGCCUCCAUAUAGUCCACACUGCCGAGCCAGUAACUUCAUGUUGGCGGAGACAAGGACUAAAGUGGUGGUGCUGUGGGGUGGACAAACAGAGCCUCACAGUCGAGCUCAGGAGGACUCCUGGCACAAAACCCUGGCCUUUCUGGAGCAGCACCUCUACAGCAACAUGAGUCAUUAAUGUCAAAUAUCAGUCACAUUAUCAGAAUACAGUUUACCGGAGAAAAGGGAAAACAAUACAAUUUCAGAUUUCAUAUCACACAUUUUAUGUGUCGUACUAUCUGUUGUGUCUUGCGUCAUUGAUUACCCAGUUGUAAAUAUAAUUAGGUAAUAACUGUCCUUCAACAAUAAUGUGAGGUAAUGAGAAUUGUAGCAUGGGGAAUUCCUUUUCACCAGUAGAAGCAAAAUACACAUAUAUAAAUGCACAACAAUAUAUUUUACAUGUAACGUAUAUUUUUCCAUGUGGGUUUUUAAAUCCUUUGUAAUUUUAAUGAAAAUCACAAGAAACAUUUUCUUUUUAACCAAUUUUCAAACGAUUGCAUAAUUUGCUAUUCAUGAUCAGAAACACUAAACAAAAAGGUUUUGCUGGUUAAUGAGAACAUGUUAGUGGACAUCUAUGCAUAGAACACUAUUGAUUUAUAGAUGUUUUAAAUUUGUCUGCAAAAUUUGGAAGAAACUUUUUUUAAACUGGACUGGACUAGCACUAGACUUAUUUUAUAGUACUUACAGACUCUGUAGUCUAUGAUGAUAAGUUAAUAGUAUUUACAUCAUAUAGGUUAAAAAGUUGUUAAACAUUUUAUAACAUACAGCUUUUUGGAUAAGAUUUAGGACAUCACUGGGCUGUAGAAAGUGCACAGAUGCUCUGGGCUUAAAAUGCUACCCCUGAGAGCUUUUACUGAUUAACAAUUUUCAUGUCUGUAAGAGAACCUGACCAAAGGAAAUCAUCUACUUUUAUGAGUCUAAUACAGAGACAAUCUAUUUAGUGUGGUAGCAUGUAAUGUUAAAAGCAGCCUUAGAGAGCUAUUUAUAAAACGUAGCAUGCACCUGGAGAACACCAGAUGUCAGUUAUGCACUUCUGUGUAUUGUGCUGCUGUAUUACUGUAUGUGUUGCACCAUAGUCCUGAAUGAAAUGUAUAUGAGUUAUAUAAAGGACUGACAAUAAAACCUACUUGAUAUGACAGA